AUGGGGGAACAUUUUCUAAUGGCUGCGCUUUCGUUGCUGUUUUUGCCGAUUAUCGUUGUCGUCACCCUGGUGAUUACUCUGGCUACUUGCGGCAAGUCGAUCGGGGUUAGAAAGUGGUAUGUCGACCUGUUGCUGAGGAUAUUUGAGGCUUGCAAAGUGAAAGUCCAGGUGGCAAACCCAUCAGAGGAGCUUGAUAAUGAGAAUGAUGAAGAAGUUAGUAAUGAGACAGAUGCAAAAGCUGACCAGAUCAUUGAAAAGGAUUUCUUCCUGUCUGCCACGAAAGGUGUUGAGAAACCAGAGUGGAGGUCUUCGAAAAAAGAUUUUGAGCUUUCAGAUGUAUUAUAUUUUUCUAAAUGUGGAAUGGAGGCAAUUAUUGAAGACAGUGUAACGAAACGCUUUUCUGCUGAGGAAUUGCCAUCAUGGAAUCUUCUCACCAGGACCCAGAAACCUCAUCAGUUUAUGAGUGUGAGGUUAACAGCUCUUUGGUGUGUUGGUUGCUUUGUGCGCUAUGUAAUUCUGCUUCCAUUCAGACUUAUGAUUGCCAUCUUUGGUGUUGUGAUGUUGAUUGUGCUCACAGUACUUAUUGGAUAUUUGAGAGAAAGCAGUCUUAAGCGCAAAUUAUAUCGAUGGGCAAGCCUUGUGUCUUUCAGAAUUCUGUGCAGAGCCUUCUCUUGUGUCAUCAGAUACCACAACAGAGAAAACAUGGCCAAGAGUGGAAUAUGUGUGGCAAACCAUACGUCACCCGUAGAUGUGAUCAUACUGUCCUGUGAUAAUUGUUAUGCUAUGAUUGGACAGACUCAUGGUGGUUUUCUUGGAGUCUUCCAGAGAUCACUUGCUCGUGCCACUGCCCAUAUUUGGUUUGAGAGAUCUGAGGCAAGAGAUCGAGGCUUGGUUGCUAAAAGGUUACGGUCUCACAUUGCGGAUCCAAAUAAAUUGCCAAUUCUGAUUUUUCCUGAGGGAACUUGUAUCAAUAACACUUCAGUGAUGAUGUUUAAGAAGGGCAGUUUUGAAGUUGGCUCUACAAUUUAUCCAAUAGCAAUUAAGUAUGACCCUCGCUUUGGCGAUGCCUUCUGGAACAGCAGUAAACACAGUUACUCUCAACACUUGCUGGAGCUGAUGACUAGCUGGGCACUCGUCUGUGAUGUCUGGUACCUGCCUCCAAUGACUAAACUUGAAAAUGAAGAUGCUGUGGCUUUUGCAAACAGAGUAAAAUCCAAGAUAGCCAGUCGAGGUGGUCUGGUGGAGUUAGAUUGGGAUGGUGGCUUGAAACGCUCAUAUGUCAAGGAGACAAUGAAAGAAGUUCCACAGGAGCAGUACAGUAAAAUUCUAAAAGUUGACUAA